CUACGAUUAUCUUCAGUCUUGACUCAACCCCCGAACUGUGCGGACGUUCGAAGAGUGUCGCAGAUUCUGAAAAAAAAUUCAACUCGAUAUCGUUUCAUCGUGAACUUAAUCGUGUUGAGUGACAUUUGAGUGUUGUGCUGAUUUUCUUGUGACCUCUAUCGAUAUUUUUGACUUAAUUAUAUCGUUGUGACAUUUAGUUUUCGAUGUGCACGGGAAUUGUACUCGUUUCCCGUAGCUGCAACUAAUGGAUCCCAAUAAGACGAGUUGAACGCUGAAACAUGAGACCGGCGGCCAUUGCGUUUUGGCGCGAAAUGCCAAUCGCCGUCACCUUCGCGCUGGCGGCGCUAGUGUGCGUGUCGGCCAGAGACAUUGUGCUGGAUGAGAAUUACACUGUGAUAGCAGCGUCGACGAAUGAGAGGCUGCGACUGGUCUGCGGACUGAAGCCGAGGAACCAGGUGCACACCGUCCGGUGGCUGAUUGACGGGAAACCCCUCGACAACCAGCUGAGGCCGAGAGUUGUGCAGCUAAAACAAUGGUUAAAAAUAAAAGCAUUCCGAGCCAAAGACGCCGGGCUGUACACGUGUCAUAACGAAGAGGAUAAAGGCAAGGAAAUGAGCGUCACAAUCAAACAUAAGCCAGAUCUAAGCUCUGACAACAUUGAAGAAUAUCAAUCAGAUGUCGACGUGCUUAAGCCGAUGCCUGAAAUACUUUCCCAACAUUCCGCUCCACUAGUUGAGAACAACACAAUCGAAGAGAACGCGACAGAUCCUAGACUCAAGUACAAGGAGUACGACGUUGCCAAGGACGAUGAUAUUGACGACAAAAAUGAGAAAGAACAUCUCAAUUACGGCCAUGUAGAUGUUACUAAAUCAAAAUAUGCCCCGAAGUUCAAACAUCCCACAAAAUUGUUUAAGAUGGAAAUGAAGCCUGCGGGAAGCUCUAUACGUUUUAAAUGUGCAGCUGAAGGUAAUCCUAUGCCGAACAUCACCUGGUACAAAAAUAACGGUACACCGAUAUCGAGGAGUUUCUUCAAACCUUCAUACGGCAAAUGGUCUAUGGCAAUCGACGAACUAACGAAAGCCGAUAACGGAAACUAUACCUGCAAAGUGUGUAAUGAAUUGGGAUGUGUUGAACAUACUUACACACUACAUAUACAAGAGCGUCUAUACGCCAAGCCCGUCCUAACCGUAGCAGCUGUGAACCAGACCAAAGUGGUCGGCUCCACUGCGGUGUUCACCUGCGAAUUCCUCACAGACCUCCAUCCAUACAUUUACUGGAUGUACUUCAAUAAAAACGAGUACAUAUAUAAUGAGACCACCACAGACCCCUCUUCGAAGGAGUCCGUUGUUUACGAAGAUCUAACUAAAUUUGUUACGAGUGAUAAUCCAGCAGACAAACCAGAACAGUUGACCAUCUAUAAUGUUACGAAAGAACACGAGGGUUGGUACGUGUGUGUAGCACUUAACUCUCUCGGCAACACUACGGCCAAAGGAUAUCUUACAGUGCUGGAUUCAUUACCAGAAACAAAACCCCUCGACCAUGGUAAACAUAGCCUACUUAUAAACAUAUUGACGGCUGUGUUAGGCGCCAUGUUCUUCGUCGCUGCCAUCAUAGUAGUGAUGAUAUUCAAGAGGCUGAAAGAAGAGAAGAUCAAGAAGCAAUUAGCUAUAGAGACUGCGAGAGCAGUGAUAGUUACGCAUUGGACCAAGAAAGUGACUGUGGAGAAACCUCAGAUGAAUGGAUCAGUAAAUACUACUGGAGAAGGAUUACUAAUGCCAGUUGUCAAGAUCGAGAAGCAAAAGCUCUCCCAAGUACAGAGUAACUGCGACUCAAUGAUGAUGUCAGAAUACGAACUGCCGGUGGACAUAGAUUGGGAGGUUCCUCGGGAAUCUCUCAGUAUAGGCAAGGUGCUCGGAGAGGGAGAAUUCGGAAAGGUUGUGAAAGCGGAAUGCGUCGGAAUUGUUAAACCUGGAUUACAGUCUGUUGUAGCUGUUAAGAUGUUGAAAGAGGGUCACACAGACGCGGAAAUGAUGGCGCUGGUGUCAGAAAUGGAGAUGAUGAAGAUGAUUGGCAAGCAUGUCAACAUCAUUAAUUUGUUGGGAUGCUGUACUCAAGAUGGACCACUUUAUGUCAUCGUCGAAUACGCACCAAAUGGCAACUUACGAGAAUUUCUAAGAAACCAUAGGCCAGGAAAUAGGUACGAAUCAGAUGCAGAAGAUAAAGUAAAGAAAACGCUAACACAAAAGGAUUUAGUGUCAUUUUCAUACCAAGUAGCGCGAGGAAUGGAGUAUUUAGCAUCUAGAAGAUGUAUACAUCGUGAUCUCGCCGCUCGCAACGUCCUCGUGUCGGACGACUGUGUCCUCAAGAUAGCGGACUUCGGUCUAGCGAAGGACGUCCACAGCAACGACUACUACCGGAAGAAGACUGAGGGCCGCCUGCCCGUGCGGUGGAUGGCUCCCGAGUCGCUGUACCACAAAGUGUUCACCACGCAGACUGAUGUCUGGUCGUUCGGUGUGCUGCUGUGGGAGAUCAUGACGCUGGGGGGUACGCCGUACCCCACGGUGCCGGGCCAGUACAUGUACCAGCACCUCAGCGCGGGACACAGGAUGGAGAAACCGCCUUGCUGCAGUCUAGAAAUAUACAUGCUAAUGCGCGAGUGCUGGUCCUUCUCCCCCGGCGACCGGCCGUCUUUCACCGAGCUGGUGGAGGACCUGGACAAGAUCCUCACCGUCACCGCCAACCAGGAGUACCUGGACCUUGGCCUCCCGCAGCUCGACACCCCCCCGUCCAGUUACGACGGGUCAGGGGACGAGAGUGACAGUGAAUUCCCGUUUAUAAAAUAAAAACUUUUCUUAUGACUGUUGUAUAAUAUGCUAUAGAGAAUAAACUUUGAUUAUCUUCUCUUAGAAAUCUUGGAAGUGAUAAGUGCCUUAAUUGAAUUAAUAAAAAUUCGAUCUUAAAAUACAUGGAUAGUUCAACUAUUUAAAAGAAGUAGGUACCUACCUAAAUGACUUUUAUGUAAGACUAGCGGACACCCGCGACUUCGUCCGCGUGGACGGACGAAUUUAGUUUUUCAAAAAUUCCUCGGGAAUCAUGGAUUUUUCCGGGGUAAAAAGUAGCCUAUGUGUUUAAUCCAGACUAUAACAUAUCUUUAUACCAAAUUUCAGCUAAUUCGGUUCAGUAGUCCAGGCGUGAAAGAGUAACAAACAUUCAUAACAUCAAAAUCAUCAGUAUCAAUCUCGGGAAACCAUAGAUUUUUUCGGGAUAAAAAGUAGCCUAUGUGUUAAUCCACUGUAAAAUCUAUUUUCAUUCCAAAUUUCAGCCAAAUCGCUUUAGUAGUAGCGACGUUAAAGAGUAACAAUCAGCCAAACAUACAUCCAAACAUCAAUACAAACUUUCGCGUUUAUAAUAUUAAUAGGAUUUUCCCUUGGUCUACUGCAACUAAUAGUUUUUUAUCCAUAAACACUCUCAUGAUAACAUACAAGUAACAAUCCAGUAAUUUGAUACUUUACAUAUGUUACAUGCCUACAAAAUCACCACAAAAAGUGUUAUAAAACAAAACUUAUAAUUAAAUUCGAUGAUAUUUAAAUGUAAGUACAGUGUAAAACUGGAAAUUUAAUAUCAAAUAUCAAGGAGCUGGGACACUUCAAAUGUCUUUGAGCAUUUUGCCUGAAAUAAAUAUUGAAAUUAGUAAUGGUACCGUUGACUAACGUACGUCUGUUUAAACGGCUGGAUGAAAUGUGGUGAAUUUUUAAUUAAUUCUAAUUAAACUCUUUUCCUCCUUGUUACACAAAGAGUUUCUUGAGCGACAGUUUCUUUCUUCCUUCCUUGCGUUGUAUUCCUCAUUACUGAGGGUCGUGACUCCUCUUCUUCUUUCUUCGCGACGAUGACGAUUGACGAUGUCGCGCCAUGUGGCUCGGCUUUUCGUGACUUGCAGAGCCUCGUGUACCUUGGUGUCGAAAGUGGCGCGGAUUUGGUCUGACCACAGGGCUACGUGCUCAAAUUUCUUUCAAACCUAACUAAUAGUAACUCACUAAUGCGAAAAAGAAACUCUCUAACUUAUAUCUAACUUCUAAAGUAGGUAAGCUUCUGUCUUUAUAAUAAACGCAAUAAAAUCGAAACUCUUCUCGGACCAAGGCGCGUUUGGAACCCUCGUAACUUUAAUGUUAAGUUUUCAACCAAUUAUUAUCAACAUUAUCUAAUAAUAUAGAAGUGAAGCCUCUUUACAAUUAUUUUUUUUUUAUUCUAAAGAAAAUUUCUUGUCUAUAAUUAUUACACGAAAAGUUAAUGUUGGCAGCCCUUAAUUACAGGUCAUUCUGUAGUAGCUAUUCGUGAGGUAGGUAUGCAGCGAGUAGUAGGUAUUUAGCGUUCAAAGCGCAUAAUUACCCAGUCUCUGCAAGACGUUGUACGAUAUCAGCAAUCAGCAUGCCGUCUGGAGUCGGGUCAUAAUUUUGCCAUAAUCUUCUAAAACAUUCUUCAAAUAUAUAACUAAGGGAUUCAUUAGCUAACUAAUUUUACCCGACUGCAAGAAGGGUUAUGUUUUUCGCGCGUAUCUUGUAUGUAUGUAUGUAAUAUUUAUUAUUACCUCAUAUCUUCCAAACCACUGAUUUACGUAAUUAGGAUAUCGUUAGAUUUGUCUCAAUAACCCAAGUGUUCUUAGAUAGGAAAGUAAAAAAAAAUAACAAGACGACUGUGAGACUCGAGGUGAAAAAUUUUUUUUUUUCUGAUAUUGCAGUAUGGGUAUCAAAUUCAAGAGCUUUUUGUGAGGAUUCUAAAAUGGUAUAUCAUGGCCAUGUUUUAAAAAAACUACAAUUAGAAAAACGUUAUUUAUUAGUUGUCUAUACAAAAUACGCGAGGCGGAUGACUAUAGGUGCGAGCAGGUUGGUGAAGUGAAGUUAUAAAAUAGACCUAUUAAAUAAUGUAGAAGAAAAUCAUUCUAUCCAAUAUCUAAGGUCCCGACUGUUUUCUAAUUGCUUUCUACACUUCUCGACUGAGCUUGUUUUUUUUCUUUUCAGUUUUUUUUUACUUUAUGCAGUCGGGUUUUUUUAUUUGUUUAAUUAAUUAAUUUAUUAAUUACAUAUUAGGUUAUAUUAUUUUUGGUGAGUAGGUACCUACCUUCAUCUCGAUGACGAUCAACUUUUUAUUUGCAAUGGUACAUUAUCUCUUUCCGACGCUCAGAAAUUUUCAUUUCCUGGUAACUCAGUUAGCUACCAGAAUCAAGAAUUUUCGUAUUUUAAAAGUUAUUCGUCUCAUCGAGACGAAGCUAGCCACGAAAAAUUAACUUGUUAGUAAUCAGAUGUAAAAAAUGUUCUACGGAUCCCUGACUAUUACUUUGUAAAAAAUAGUUCUUAAAAUUCUUGUACAAAAUGUACCUAGUUAUCAAUUAUAAUUAGAAUGUAGAUGCAAAUAUAGCGUAAAAAUAUUACUUAGUAAUUUAUAACAUACUAGCGGACGCCCGCGACUUCGUCCGCGUAAAGUUCGUUGUCAACUUUACUACUACCUCUACCCUACCCUACCCCUACCCUACCACUACCCCAAUCCUACCCCUACCCUACCCAACCCGUACCUCUACCCUACCCCUACCUUACCUACACCCUACCCCCACCCUACCCCUACCCUCCCCGUACCCUAUCCCUUUCCUACCCCUAUCCCACCCGUACCCUUAUCUCACGCCUCCUACCCUACCACUUCCUUAUCCUACCCUUACCUCUACCCUACCCCUACCCUACCUCUACCCCGGCCCUACUGCUUCCCUACCCGUACACUACCCUACUCUACAAAUUCUCUAUCUUACUCCUACCCUUAGCAAAAUCGGUGCAGCCCUUCGAGAGUGGUGGUAUGACCAAGGGAAAUAGAGACUUCUAUGCUAAUAAUAUAAAGAGGUGAAGUUUGUGUGGUUGUAGGAGGUAAUCUCUGGAUCUACUGGACCGAUUUGGAAAAUUGUUUUACCAAUAGAAAGCUACGUUAUUUGCGAGUGUCAUAGGCUAUGUUUGAUCCCCAUAUUCACACGGGAACUACAUAAAUGAAAGCGCGGGGCGUCAUAUAGCGGAAUUUCUGCGUCUUUUAGAAAUUUUGUAUUAUCUCCGAAACUAUUUAAGUAAUUAACAUUCUGUAAAGGGCAAAUCUUAUCUCCAUAAUAUCCUUGUGGUUAUUAAAUAAUUUAUUUUAAUAAGGAUUAAAGUUUAGUUGUAUAAAUAAUAACGUAAACCUAAGUAUAUAAAAUUAAUAAUUUUUAAAACACAAAAGGUACUAUAUCUGCUAAUAUAUAGAAGAUAGAUAUAUGGUGUCGCGGACUUUUUUGUAGAACUUUUAAAGACAUAAAGUCUCCAUACAUUAAUUUCAAUUUUACACAAUAGUUAAGGCAGCGCAUGCGAAUAAGUCUGUUUAAGAGGAUUUUCAGUCCGACCUGUAUGACAAAAACUGUGAUAACUCGGCUAAUAUAUAUGAUACCAAUAUAAAAUAUAACCUAUAGCACUCCCCGAUAAUGUAGCAUUCUACUGGUAAAAGAAUUUUUAAAAUCGGACCAGUAGUUCCGAAGAUUACCCCAUUUAAAAAAUGUGACAAACUUACAAACUUUACCUCUUUAUAAUAUUAGUAUAGACUACGUAUAUAUAUCUUUUACAAAAUUAAGUUAACACAAAACACUAUAAUUACACUUACUAAGUUUUAAUUAAUUUAUAUACACAACAAUCGAAAUAAUACCAUAAAACGAAAUAAUAACUAAUUACACGAAAUACGUAUGACGAAAGUCGAAAGUCGAAACGAAACGAAUAAAAUAAAAUUACAAAUUAUUUAUUUGAAUUUAAAGUUUAAACCUGAUUACCUGAACCUAAACAAAGAAAGUACGACGUAUCUAAACUAUAAAUUAAAACUUAAAGUAUGUCUCUAAUCUCUAUUUCUAAAUCUAAAAGCAAAUACGUAAAUAGACAGACUACAGAGUCAGACAAACAGUACCUAGCUAACUUUAACUACCUACGUGGUACGUGCCUACUGCCUAGAAGUAGAACAUAAUCAUUAAUAAUUAACAUCGACUUGCCAAAAUCUAAGUAAAUUUUCACCACCAUCACCAAUGUAUGAACAAUCAAUUUCGAGAAUCAUGUAGUCGGCAUAAAUCUCCCUAGCGCCGUACAAAAAUAUGGUGUUUUUGCUCAACGCCAUCUAUUGGUAAAUGGAUAAAACGCCUACAUAGAGUUUAGUAACCAAAAAUGCUGAUCCCUAUAAAAUACGUAGAAACCUAUAGAGGAAGGUUCAACUUAAUUUGGCGGUUGGCGCUUAAACAUAAGCGGCAUUCCGCCUUUUAGAAAUUUUGUAUUAUCUCCGAAACUAUUUAACUAAUUAACAUACUGUAAAGGGCAAAUCUUAUCUCCAUAACAUCCUUGUGAUUAUUAAAUAAUUUAUUUUGAUAAGGAUUUAAGUUAAGUAGCAUAAAUAAUGACGCAAACCUAAGUAUAUAAAAUUAAUAAUUUUUAAAACACAAAAGGUACUAUAUCUGCUAAUUUAUAGAAGAUAGGUAUAUGGUGUCGCGGACUUUUUUGUAGAACUUUUAAAGAUACAUAAAGCCUCCAUACAUUAAUUUCAAUUUUACACAAUGGUUAAGGCAGCGCAUGCGAUUAAGUCUGCCUAAGAGGAUUUUCGGUCCGACCUGUAUGACAAAAACUGUGAUAACUCGGCUAAUAUAUAUGAUACCAAUAUAAAAUAUAGCCUAUAGCACUCCCCGAUAAUGUAGCAUUCUACUGGUGAAAGAAUUUUUAAAAUCGGACCAGUAGUUCCGAAGAUUACCCCAUUUAAAAAAUGUGACAAACUUACAAACUUACAAACUUUACCUCUUUAUAAUAUUAGUAUAGAUGUACGAGUAUUAAGAAUUACUCAAGAGAACUUACUUUUUUACCUUCUCUCAGAACUCUUGGAAGUGAAAUAAGUGCCUUAAUUUUCGAUUGAACUGAAAAUAAUUCGACGUUUGAUAAUUUAACUGUAACGAAAAACUUACAAACUAUCUAUGUGAACGAGCUGAUGGAUUACAAUUUAUUAUGUUCAGUUACCUAAGAACACAUAUUAGGUAAUUAAUGAAUUAUGUGCUGUAGUAAGCGCAUUAUCAAGUGAGAGAUUAAGAGAGUUAGGGCCAACAAUCUUUUUCCUAUGUCUCUGUAAUAAAAUUAAGUCCUAAAAACUCAGUUGAUAAAGUGCUGUAUUUACUUGAAAAAAGAAGAAAUGCCUUCUCUUACAAAUCUUGAAAAUGAAAAGAGCUUGAGAGUUGAUGAUUCAGCUGUCUUGAAUACAUCGCGUUAAAAUAAUAGAUGGGGCUACAUGUAAAUUGAAUUACGACAAAAAAUAAUAGUUUUUAGUAAAUCAUCAUCAUAAGAUCAUUAUAAUCCAAUUUUAAAGGCCAGGCCUUCUUAUACGAGUGGAUAUGGAGCUUAGACCCACCACGCUGGUCCAAUGGCGGGCUAAUUAGUCAUUUUAUGUCUACAAAAUUAAAAUAAGUUAGAUGUGACAUGUCAAUAUUUUCCCACCUUAGUAAUUUAUUAGAACAGACUCAACAAGUAGUCUUGCAAACGUAUUGUUUGCUAUGUAUUAUGUAGAUAUGUAUUUAGUUAAACAAAUGAGUUGAAUAGUAUUAUAAUGUCUUUAUGUAUUUAUUUUGACUGAAUGUCGUGAAUGUGCAUGUUUUAUUUAUAAGUUUUUUUUAUUACCUGAGAGAAUUUUGACAAUCUGUAGGAAAAUAUUUAAUUUAUAAUUGAUAAGUUCAACUAUCAACAAGUUUACACUUUUAUUAAUUAAUUAUAAUUAUUAUUUAUAUGUAAGAAACAUUUAUUUUUUAAGUAAUGAAGUUUAUUUGAAGACUGCAUGCAAAAUGUUUUUUUUUGCAAUAUUAAAAGGUAGAUAUUUUUUGUAUGUUUGCUAUUUUUUGUUAAUUAUUAUUAUUUUGUUUAUUUUAGUUUUUUUUUUAUAAAAAUAUUUGGCGUUCAAAUAUGGAGUACCUUAGUAUGUAAGUAUUUUUUGUAAGUACUUUAGUAUGUAUGUAUUUUUGUUUAUCUAGUUAUUUAUUAUUUUUGCAUACCAAAAAUGCAUCACAAAGUAGUAGCUAAGUACAAUGCAUAAUUAUAAAAUUUUAUUUGCGAUAUUGCAAAAGUUUUUGUAAAUAAAGUGAGUAAUUCGUAGAGCCAAAGUUUAGCAAUCGAUUUAUUAUAAAAGUAUUAUUGCUGUAAUACUAUUAUUAACUGGUAGGUUAAAUACUAUAUUUAUUUAUAAGUGUUUCAACAAGAAUUUGCAUCCAUAGUACUAAUCCGUUCAACUCGAAAAUAACUAGUUUGUAAUGGCUCCUCUACACCAUCCAGCACCAUGGAUGAUCAAUGGAGCAUUAUUGCUAUAAAAAACUAUGCUAUUACCAUAGGAAUCUGGACCAUGGUGGCUUUGGAAGAUAGGGAUUUUUUAAAGAUCCAGGACUUUCAACCGUCCGUUCAAUAAAGUUUUAUAGUUUCUUCAGGACUGACUUGUGGUGUAGAGGAGCCAUUAAUCUGCACGAAAAUAGGUAGUCCUUUUAACUUUAAUAAUAAGUAUUGCAAGCACAAAUUAAUAUCAAUCAAUUGAUUUUUUAUUCCCAUUUUCUGUUAAAUGUGACGUUGAAUAUGCAUUACUUUUUAAAAAAUGUCUAGUCUUUUUUAUAUAUUUAUCUGCCGCACCUGCUUAUUACCACACAAUUUUUUUUUGAAAAUCCAUAAUAAACACUGUACUUAACUAGUAUUUAGUUAAACAAUAAUUUAAAUUUAACUGUACUCUAAAAAUAUCUUAGUUAAAAAUUGUAAAUAUUUGAAAUGUAAAAAUAGUUUACUGAGCAUAAUUAUUACAUAAUACCUACCAUUUACAACUGCAAAGAUUAGUUUAAGUAUUAAAUUACUAUUUUUAAAGCUGCUACACGGUUUCUUGGCAAUUUAAGUUCUUGAAAUUCUCGGAGAAUUGAUUUUUUUCAGGCAAAGGUAAUUACACCGUAACUUAGUCCAACAAAAAAUAACUCCUAACUCAAUAGGUACGUACCUAUCUACUGAGGAGCAACAAUCCUCCGAGUUUGCAAAGACAUCAGAAACCAUAAAAAUUAAAUGUUAAUUUUUUUUCCGUAUUGGACGUUACGCUAGCCACACACGGUCAAGUCUGCAGCGUUUUAAGAUUUGGGUAGUGAAUAGAUAAAUAUCGAAAUAUCGUUAUGGGUACGUAGGUAUAGCUUCGGUUUUUUUUUACUACCCACAUCCCUAAGGCCUAAUUCGGACUAUUUUAGUAUUUUAGUCGUAUACAAAUAAUUUUUGGAUUUACCGCCCAAACAUCGUUCGUAAUCAACUAAAAUACUAAAGUUACGUAGUCCGAACUAGGCCUAAGUGUGUGCGACAGACUUGAUGAUAUGCUUGACAGUGUGUGGCCGGCGUUAGAGUAUUCUGUGCCAAAACCAAAUAGCGCUCCUGCGAUGUGAAGUCUUACAACUACUGUCUUUACCUUAAAAUAUUAUUCAGGAACAAUUAUUCGAAAAUGAAAAGUACAAUUUUUGUUUGAAUAUCAUAAAAAAAACGUAUGUUUUAUGCAAAAUAUAAUUUGCAAGUUCCACUGACGGAGCAGUAUUUGUUAUAUCUUGUUUGUAUAUUUGAGUUUAUUUUAAUGAAGCAUGAUGUAUUAAUGUUGUAUUGAGACUCGUUCGUGGUGAAUAAAAUUAUUGUGCAGAUA